AUGAAAUUAGAUGCCAAAGCACUUCGUUACAUGUCAACGGAAGAAUUCCGGGUCUUGACAGCUGUUGAAAUGGGUUCAAAAAAUCAUGAAGUUGUUCCUAGUGCGCUUAUUGCUCAAAUUGCUCAAUUAAGACAUGGUGGUGCACAUAAGAUUGUAGGAGAUUUAGCUAAACGAAAAUUAAUUGCUCGUGUACAAAAUAUGAGUUAUGAUGGAUAUCGUUUAACCUAUGGUGGUUAUGAUUAUCUUGCUUUAAAGACCUUUGCUAAGAGAGGGUCUGUUUACUCUGUAGGUAAUCAAAUUGGUGUUGGUAAAGAAUCCGAUAUUUAUUUAGUUGCUGAUGAGGAUGAAAAUCAACAUGUUUUAAAACUUCAAAGACUUGGACGUAUGUCUUUCCGUACAAUUAAAUCAAAACGUGACUAUCUUCAAAACCGAAAGUCAGCCUCAUGGAUGUAUAUGUCUCGUUUGGCUGCUAUGAAAGAAUAUGCUUUCAUGAAAGUACUUUAUGAGAAUGGAUUUCCUGUCCCUGAGCCUAUCGAUCAAAAUAGACAUUGUGUUGUUAUGGGUUUAAUUGAUGCUUAUCCUCUUCGUCAAAUUGAAAAAGUAGGUAAUCCUGGUAAACUUUAUUCAGAAUUAAUGAGUUUGAUUGUCAAAUUGGCACAAUAUGGUUUAAUUCAUGGUGAUUUCAACGAGUUUAACAUUUUGAUUAAAAGUGAUGGAUCACCUAUUUUAAUCGAUUUUCCUCAAAUGGUAUCUACGUCUCAUGUGAAUGCUGAAUACUAUUUUAAUCGUGAUGUGGAAUGUAUUCGUACCUUUUUCCGUCGUCGUUUUGGAUACGAAAGUGCAUUAUACCCUCGAUUUACUCAAGAUGUAAAUCGUGAGUUCAGCUUAGAUGUUCAAGUUGCUGCAAGUGGUUUUAGUAAAAAAAUGCAAAAGGAGUUGGAAGAAUAUCAAGAAGAGAUUAAAAAUAUGUCUUCUGAAGAAGAGGAUGAAACAGAGAGUAGUGAAGGAGAGGAAGAGGAUGAAGAAGGAGAGCAAAAGAAUGAUACACCACGAAUUAUGACCGAAGAAGAAAAGUUAGAAGAAAAGUUAAGAAAUAUUCGACUUGGAAAUACAGAACCUUAUGGAUCUGAAAUAGAGACUGAAGAAGAAGAAGAAGAAGAAGAGGAAGAAGAAUAUGAAUCCUCCAAUAGUGAAGAGUUAAAUGAAGAAGCAGAAUUAGCAAAACGAAGUGAAAAGAUUGAAAAAUUAAAUAAUCGUGAUUUCAAAGCGUUCCGCGAUGUAAAAGUUAAAAAAUCAGUGAAGAAGUCGAAAGAAGAAGAAGUUAAAGACAGAGUUGCACGCAGCCUUAAGAGUCAAUCAAAUAGACAAAACAAUAGAGGUGCUCGUAGGAAUAAUCUUAAACAUAAAGGAAAAAGAAAAGAUAAAGCCGAAAUUAAAGGCGGUAGCAUUUUUGAUUAA